AACACACAAACCACCAUUUGUCAGCCAAUCGUGGCAGCUUAGUGACGAACUUCCUGGUUACACUUUCUCGUAGGUCCCAGUCCCCUUAUUAAUGGGUAGGCUGUGCUCGCUCCUGCACAGUCAACAGGGAGGACGCGGUCUGCAGGCGGAGAGACAGACUCAACAUGAGAAGAAGGAGCACAUUGUCGGCCUGGGGAAAGCUGUCACACAGCUAGCGUGGUCGGAGCCAGAUAAGAAGCGUACCUCCAAAUGCUAUUUACUCUGUGUUCCGCCUAGCCUAGGACGUACGAGGCAGGCACACACAGGCGAGACUGGGGACGGGGUGUAGGAUUUGGAUGGCAUUUGAGAACCAAAAGAGACAUGAGCUGGGAAUACGUUUGGAUAUCAUGUCUUGACUACAGGCGACUUAUUAUCCGCGGAUAAACUGCAGCGGCACGUCAGAAAUAAAGGCCUCCUCUGAUGGAGCACUGUGCUCUCUAAUCCAGACAGAAACCUCCCCGACGGGCAGUGACGAGCUACGGCAAAGGGUGAGGUAGCGAAGUAAUCAGCGGGGAAACCACUUCGCGAAAUGUUGACGCGAAAUGUACCAAAGUCUGAGCUAAUGUUGCGAAAUCGCUGAAUUCCCUUUUUGCUCCCGCGGAGUCAAAAUAUCGGCGAGCAGCUGUGAUGACGUUUGUUCCCGUCCUUCAGUUUGUCUUCCUCUCCUCUUUCUGUUCAACAGGACGCUUUAUUCACAAUUGAAGGGAUUUAUGGGAUCACAAGUUUCCUCUGAUGAGAUGAGUGUGCGUGCUGGCCAGGGCAGUGAUGAGGUGCUGGUUUCACAAGCGGUGUGGGAUUACCUGGCUGCAGCUGGGCGGCCUUGGCUCAUUGACUUCCAGCACAAGCAGGGGAUGAGUGCUGGUAUCAUUAGGCGAGGGGAGAGGGGGGGCUGCUGCGCCGUGAGGCUGCAGCCGGUGGAGGGCUCCAGGAACGGUGGAGCUGGUGUGAUGGAUGGACCCAUCUCUAGCGAGACACGGAAAGCUUUCAUUGACUUAUGCCGCUGCGCCCGCAAAGAAAUGAGCAAACAGGACGGGGGACCCAAGAGGAAGAGGGCUCUGCUACCCUGUGUGGGAGUCCUGGAGCCAAACGGAGAGGGGAGCCUGCUUCAGCCUCCACCUCCCCAGCCUCGGCCUUCCCAGAGACAGCAGCAGAGGUUCAGGAAGCCUGCUGAUGAGGAGGCCUGCGCCAUGCUCCACGAGGCAGCCCAGAGGAAGGACAUGGACUCCAGCUUGGCUUCCCAUAAUGAGGCAGAGGACAACAGUACUUGUUCAAUCUGCAUUGGGGACAUAGUGGAGAAGACUACUUUGGAGAGGUGUGGCCAUUCAUUCUGUCGCUCUUGUCUGGAUCAAGCCUUUAAGGUGAAGAAAGCGUGUCCCGUGUGUCGGCUAGUGUACGGACAGCUCAUUGGGAACCAGCCUGCCAAUGGUACAAUGAUCGUAGAGCGAGAUUCUGAUCUGGAGCUUCCUGGCCAUGAAGGCAAUGGGUGCAUCUGCAUCAUCUACAGCUUCCCUCCUGGCCUACAGGCGCCAGAACACCCCAACCCAGGUGUUCGGUACUCAGGAACAGACCGCGUGGCCUACCUCCCUGGCGGCCCUGAGGGGGACCGUGUGCUGGGACUGCUGCGACGGGCCUUUGAACAGCGCCUUAUCUUCACCAUCGGUACCUCCAUGACUACGGGCAUACAAAAUGUCAUCACCUGGAAUGACAUUCACCACAAGACCUCAAUAUGGGGCGGGCCCCGCUGUUUUGGCUACCCAGACCCCACUUACCUUGUGCGAGUGACAGAGGAGCUCAGAGAAAAAGGCAUCACGGCAGACUGACAGCAGCGCAAUGACCCUUUUCAAGACUUUGUAGGACUUUCCGAGUGUCCUUGCAGUGGACAUGACUCGGCUCCAGGUUGUGCUCCGAGUCCCUUAAGGGAUGGCUGAAGACGAGGCCCUUGGCAGACAGGCGUCUACUGCUGCAGCAGAGCCCACUUCACUCUACUACUUGUUCCUCUGUUUGUUCAGUUUUCCUGCAUAGCUCAGCUUAUUCCCGUGCUACAUGUGGAAGAAAAUACUUUGAGUGCAGUUCAUUCUUGUAUUACACAAUCCUCUCUACCUGUCACUGUUGGCAACAGGGCCUAUAUCUGAUGCACUUAUUUAGGAGCAUCGUGUUGCAGUUUAUGGUACUUGUAUAUUAUUUAGAACAUUUAAGUUAUAUCUUAUAAAGAGUUAUAUUAACGUUUAUUUCUAUUUUGGGGAUUACUUUUAUACAAGUUUUAUCUCCCCAGUAACGUUUAAGUAAGUCUCUAAUUUGAUUUCUAAUGACCUGUUGUAAGAAUAUUAUUUGGGUUAUAUGACAAAAUAGUUUCAGUAGAAAGUAUUAAUUUUCUAAGUUAUUGCAAUCUAAAGCACUCGCAGGCACUUUUGUAAGGGAGUUUUUAUUUAAUUUUUUUCCCUCAGUGAAGUCCGUCAUGGUUUUUGGUUCCUCCGUGUGGAAGAGCCCUCGAAGCAAACGGGUUCAUGCAGCUAUCAGCUAUUAGCUUGGUGGCUACAAGUUGAUGUCAAUUGCUUGGAACUCUUCUUUUGCGUGCAAUCUUUUUUUUUUGUUCCUCCAUGUUACCUAAAUAGGAAGAAUGUUAAACUAUGGCUCACUGCAGCACUUUUUUUACAUGCAUUAAGAUGGGUUUUAUUUCUUUCAUUCAUUGGUCAGUCCUGUUAUUUUAAGUUGUCUCCCAGGUGUUGAGCCCAUUACCUCAGUUGUUGGUAAGGAGCUCAUCUAAUUACCAGAUUUAUGACGAUGUCAAAUAUAAAAGGGCAUAUAGACCCCCUAAACCAAAUCAAAGGCACAAAAGCUCUUUAAAUAUCUAUGCCUCUGUCCCUGUCAAACUUUGAGAUUUACCUACUAAUGUUCUCAUUUAAAAUGAGGUAACUGUUGUGAUUUUGUAUCUAAAUGGAUAAUCUAUGAUACACAUUGAAAAAAAUAACUAAAGAAAAUGUUGUAGGAACAAUUUAUCUGAUUUAGGUUGGGGUGUUGAUCUCAUUUGUUGUGCCUUUUCUUAUAUUCACUUUUGAUAAAAAUCAAGCAUGAUGUUAUUAAUGAAUGGUAAGCAGUUUGGACAUAUUUCGGUGUUAUUUCAUAGCUAAACGACAUUAUAUUUAUGUAGCUGUACUAUCUGGCUUUAAGUACAAAUACUACACAGUUCAUGAAAAUAUGUAUUAAAUUUACUUCUUCAUAAACCAUUCUCUAGUCCAAAUGCUGAAACCCCCUCAGACUGACAAAGCUGUAUGUGUGAAAGUGCUUUGCUAAGUGCAGUAACCUGCUUGGCGAGUGGGACAUUUGUCCUUAAUUUGAGUGUCGAGAGCCAUACAUUAAAUACCCUUUUUAUUAUGUUGUCAUCCUCUUUGUAUUUUAGUUAGGGACCAACUAGAAUAUUUUUGGGACACAGGAUUGUAGUUCACUAAAGCUACUGUGCAAACAUUUCUAUGCAUUACAUGUCGGAGGAGGAGCCAGGAGAACGAAUAGUUUGAGAGAUUUCACAUACACAAAUUGAUUGUCAAGGAAAAGUUGGAGUUUUGCUUUUUCUAAUUGUGUUGAUUCGUACUUUGUUGAUAUUCCGAAUAAUGUGCUUUACAUUUUAAUACUUGAAUAAAAAGUUAUGUUUUGGUUUGUGUUGGAUAUUCAAUGUAGGUCCUGAAUAAACCAGGUAUCCAUAAGCAACUGAAUAUCACACUUGUGUCCAUUUGGAAUGAGUUGGGGUUGUCGCCUCUAAUCAAGAUUUGAUCGGCGCUGCUUUCCAUUGGUAUCAAAGAUCCUUCGUUCAAGAUACAUAACUCUGCAAAUGCACUUAGUGCCAUCUAGUGGAUCAUGAUUGCAAAGUGAACAGAACUCCGUACUCUUGCACUGUAUCCUCAAUUUGUACAUUAUUUCGCACGAUACCUUAACAAAUGAGUAA